UAUAUUUCAAAGCCACAACACCAAUCAUAUCUUUCCAAAGCUUCCCAUAGCUAAAAACAGAUACUAAAAAUGGGAGUUCCAUUGUCUGUCCAACGCCAGUUAACAACUUUACGGAAGCUAGAAGAGAGCACCGGCAGCAACUUUCCGGGCUCCGAUCACCACCCAACCGACCGGAAAAACUGGAUUUCGGGUCUUAACCCGGAAAAGAUCCACCUGAACCAGAUUGUCUGGCCCGGAACCCAUAAUUCUGCCACCAACCAGAUCGGGUUCUUUAUCACUCGACCAUUCGGCGAAUGCCAAUCUCGGUCCAUUUAUGAACAACUCGUACUCGGUACCCGACUUCUCGAUGUUCGAGUCAACGAAAACCGAAAUGUAUGCCAUGGGCCACUUGUAACGUACGGUGUUGACGUCGUGAUCAACAAUGUCAAAAAGUUUAUUUCGGAAACAGAAUCCGAAAUAAUAAUUCUCGAGGUCCGAACCGAAUUCGGGCACUCUGACCCGCCCGAAUUCGAGAAUUAUUUAAAGCAACAACUUGGGGAAUACUUGAUACAUCAAGAUGACAAAGUAUUUGACAAGACAGUUGCUGAGAUUCUACCCAAACGAAUUAUUUGCAUCUGGAAGCCUCGAAAUUCGGACCCGCCAAAACUGGGUAGCCCGAUUUGGAGUUCGGGUUAUUUGAAGGAUAACUGGAUCAACACCAAUUUUCCGGAGACGAAAUUCGAGGGUAAUAUGAAGAAUCUGAGUCAGCAACCGCCGGUGAGCUCGCGGAAAUACUUUUACCGGGUGGAGAAUACGUUGACACCACAAGGCCUUCAAGGCGUGGAUAUUGUUACAAACUGGUUCCAUUGGUGUAAGAGGUUGUUCAUUGCGCAAUGUUUUUUGAAGAAUAUUGCAGACCGGUUGCAAGUGUUUUCGACGGAUUUUAUUGAUGAGGAUUUUGUUGAUGCUUGUGUUGGUCUUACUUGGGCUAGGAUCGAAGGGAAAGCUUGAGUUUGUUGCUAUGUUAAAACUUAAAAAUGCACAAUUUGAUGUUUAGAUUCCUAUUUGUAUGUUAUGUUUGAUAUGUGCAUAGGACGUAGAUGAGGCAUGCAUGGGUGGUCAUAGUGUUUACUUUGUUACUUUAUUUAACCUUGUUAUGGUAGGUUUGGUUCUCUUGUUGCCUUUAUCAAUUUAAGUCUCCACUUUGUUUUGUUUUAGUAAAAAUAAACCAGAAAA